AUGUUCUUAGUUACUGAAGAACAGCUUCGCAACUAUGCUCCUCCAAUUCAAAUCUUAAUGCUCGCUAUGGCACUCGCACUUGUCACAGUUUUCUUCUACUAUUCCUUCUGGGAGUCUUUUUAUAAAAUCGUCUUCACUGAUGAACCUCGUCAAGGAGCUGAUUAUGCGGCCUUUGCACUUGGAAUCGGCAAUAUAAUUGUUAUUGUUAGCACAGUUUUCAGAUUGCUCAAGCAUUCUGCAGAUGAAUUAAAGAAGAAACUCAAGUAA